AUGAGCUUGAAAGAAGUAUUCGAACAACAUCCAUGGAGGUCAUUUAAGAAGUUCAAUGAAGCUGCAAAGAGUCGGGGAUUUACUAACAGAGCUGAAGUGAAAAGGUUCUUUGACAAAAAUGUUGUACAUCAAACAAAAAUAAACCCUUACGACUACUUUUUACCAAUUUACUCCAACACUCCUGACGCAUACCAAUUUGACACUCUCAUUCAAAGCAGAAAAGGAGGACAUAAACCAUUCCUCAUCUUCAUAAAUGUUAACACUCGUAAAGCAUAUGCAUAUCCAAUGAAAAAUAAAGGAACUCGUGAAGUGUUAAGAGUUUUACAAAAGUUUGUAGCAGAACAUAACCCAAGUACUUUAACAUCAGACCAAGACAGUGCAUACCUCAGCAAUGAAAUCACAGAAUUUCUCAUUAAGCAUAACAUAACUCACUACACUA